AUGAAGCUCGACCUUUCUGUCUACCUUGUUACAGACUCAACGGACCCUAUCCUCAAGGGCCGGGAUCUGUGUGCUGUUGUGGAAGAAGCCGUUAAAGGAGGUGUAACGGUCGUCCAAUACCGGGACAAAAAGAGCGACACGGGCGCUCAGAUCGAAAUUGCCCGAAAACUUCACCGGAUCACUCAGGCCCACGGUGUUCCCUUGAUCAUCAAUGACCGGGUCGAUGUUGCUCUUGCGGUGGGCGCUGAGGGCGUCCAUCUCGGCCAGGAUGAUAUGCUGAUUUCCGAGGCGAAGAAGCUUCUUCCGAAGGAUACAAUAAUUGGCAUUAGCGCCUCAUCUAUUGAAGAGGCGCAAGCGGCUGUUGCGGCGGGCGCGGAUUAUCUGGGCAUCGGGACGCUAUUCGCUACACCAACUAAAACAAACACCAAGUCAAUCAUUGGCACGGCCGGCACACAGGCUAUCCUUGACUCGAUCGCCCAGUCUGGCCGUGAUGUAGGAACUGUCUGCAUUGGUGGGAUUAACCUCUCCAAUGUCCAGCGGGUACUCUACCAGUCCGCAUCUCCCCGCAAGAGCUUGGAUGGCGCUGCUAUCGUCAGUGCCAUUAUGGCGGCGGAUGACCCCAAGGCAGCCGCGGCGGAGCUUGCCAAAGCCAUCGCCACGCCACCACCUUUCGUACGAAAUUCGGAAGGGCCUGUAGUCCGCGAGACUGCGGCGCUGCUUGAAACGGUGCCACAUAUCGUCCAGAAGCUUGUCCAGGUUCACCCAUUGGUGCACAACAUGAUCAACUUCGUUGUCGCUAACUUUGUCGCCAAUGUCACAUUAGCAAUCGGUGCCUCGCCGAUUAUGUCUCCGUACGGAGACGAGGCCACGGACCUAUGUCAGUUCGACGGCGCUUUGCUCAUCAACAUGGGAACGCUCACCAGUCAAAGUCCCUCCGAAUAUCUCAAAGCUAUCAAAGCAUACAACCAACGCGGAAACCCGGUGGUGUAUGAUCCAGUAGGUGCCGGCGCGACUCAGAUUCGACGUGGAGUCGUCAAGGAGCUGAUGGCCGGGGGAUACUUUGACCUCAUCAAAGGCAACGAGGGAGAAAUCCGCCAGGUUGCCGGAAGCACUGGGGUUCAGCAACGCGGUGUCGACAGCGGACCUAGUACGCUUGAUGGCCAGGCUAAGGCACGGCUGGCGCGUGACCUUGCUCGGCGAGAGAAAAACAUCGUUCUACUGACUGGUGCUGUCGACUACCUCAGCGAUGGCGAGCGGGUCGUCACCGUAGAAAAUGGACACGAACUACUAGGUCAAGUGACUGGAACUGGUUGCGCCGUUGGCACGGUAGCUGGAUGCUUCAUUGCCACUCACCCGACCGACAAGUUCCUCGCGGUGCUUUCGGCUCUUCUCAUGUAUGAGAUUGCCGCCGAGAAUGCCGCCGCGAAGGACUAUGUCCGCGGUCCUGGAAGCUUUGCUCCCGCUUUCAUCGAUGAGCUGUAUGCUAUUCGCCAAGCCGCUUUGAAGGGAGAUCACAGCUGGUAUGCUGGACGGGCUAAGGUUCAGGAAAUUACGGUCUAA